AACUACAAAACCCAUCCUGGCUUGGCUUCCUUGUCACUAACCCUGGUGCAAUUUCCCUCCUCCCCCCAUUUCCCCCCCCCCCGUUUCUCCUUCUUACAGCUCCAGGAGCUGGUUUGUCACGUCAUGAUGGGGAAUUUGGUGAUGUUCCGGAAAGAUUCGGUCCUUAAUAUUCUGAUUCAGAGUUUGGAAUGGGAGACGUUUGAGCAGUAUUGCACCUGGCAGCUUUUUCUGGCGCACAACAUUCCCCUAGAAACCAUCAUCCCCAUCCUCCAGCACCUCAAGUACAAAGAACACCCGGAGGCUCUUUCCUGCUUGCUCCUGCAACUGAGGAGGGAAAAGCCCACGGAAGAGAUGGUGAAAAUGGUGCUGAGCCGGCCGUGUCACCCGGACGACCAGUUCACCACCAGCAUCCUCCGGCACUGGUGCCUCAAGCACGAGAACCACCUGAUCGAGCACAUCAAGUCCCUCCUGAUCAAGAACAACAGCCUCCCCCGGAAGCGCCAGAGCCUGCGCAGCUCCAGCAGCAAACUGGCCCAGCUGACCCUGGAGCAGAUCCUAGAACACCUGGAUAACCUGCGCCUGAACCUGAACAACACCAAGCAGAGCUUUUUCAGCCAGCCGCCAAUCCUUCAGUCCCUGCAGCACGUCCAGUGCAGCUGUGACGAAGCCCACAAGAUGAAGUUCAGCGACCUCUUCUCCCUGGCCGAGGAGUACGAAGACUCGUCCAGCAAGCUGCCCAAGAGCCGGAGGAAGGCGGCCCUCUCCAGCCCCCGGAGCCGGAAGAACGCGGCCCUGCAGCAGCCCCCCAACAACGAGGAGGAGUCGGCCUCCAGCAGCGCCUCGGAAGAGGAAGAUGCCAAACCGAAACCCACCAAGAGGAAACGGAAAGGAUCUUCGGCUGUCGGCUCAGACAGUGACUAAACUGGGGGGGGGG